UAUCUUUCUAGAGGCGUAUCAUCUUUGGCUGUUUUCGUGGAGACUCCGAUAAGAAUCCAAUCUCUGGCAACGCUUUGACCUCACACUACUACCAUGGAGGUAAACCGCGUCAGGAUUGGAACUCUAACGCUGGAACCUUUGAUUUGUCAUCUUUCGUUACUGGCAAUUGGGUUUUUAUCAUGCACUAUGAUUGUGAAUUUCACGUGUGCUACCGACGAGACGGUGGAGUUGGCGGCAUGUGACUACAGGCCUAAAGGGGAAAAUUUUACAUUAGUUGUCAGAUUUUGCCCGAAUUUGAACUACACCAUUGUUCUUGAAUGCAGUGUAACAAACACUUACUCUCUUAAGUGGAUACUGAACGAUUCUAAAACAGACUUUUAUCCCGAGGAUUCAUGCGAACAAGGACCAAAAAUGAACCAAGGAUUUAAUUUCAGCCUCAUCGAAAAGGUCAUAGACAAUGAUACUAACGAGACUGACAAUAACUCAUACAUAUCGCAGCUUCGAGUGUCCACUAGUCAUCUUAAGAUUGUUGUCAACAACUCUAAUGAAUUCAGUGUGACAUGUCAGUCUUCAAACAACACCAAAAGAAUGUCAUUUAUAAAAAUUUCAGAAGGAAUAAACCCUCAAAUUGUUAGUGCUGAAUUUGGAGAAAGUGAUGAGAUAAUUGUUACAUGGAUAUCAGCCAAUAAUGAUCUCACAAGGACCGAAAUUGUUGCAGAAUACGAAAAUGGCACCAAAAUGUCUGUUUUUACUGAGUGGUACAAGAGAGAAGGCCAAAUUAAUGUCACUGAAUCUUCAGCUACCUAUAAUGUUACUGUUAUCGAGUACACUAUGUGUAACCAAAGUUUUUCCAGUAAUACCACGAGGGUAAGCCCAUCAUCUGCCAUAGGGAGCUCACUGGUUCUGGAUGCACAGCUGUUCUUACUGGUUCCAGUACUGCUGUUUAGUUACUUGUAGAGCGUAUGAUUGAGACUGAGUGUAUAUUAUACACUGUGUAACCAUGCAAGUAUUUCCGGAAGUCGA